AUCUCUUUCUUUUCAUCUAACUGCGCCUAACGCACCAAACACACUGCCCCAUAUUCAAUAAAUCUUCGAACUUGAAAUUAUGCUAUUUGCUUACACACUUACAGCACGAGGGUGUGAAAUCUCAUUUUGGUGGCUUAGAAGUUAGAACUAAACGAAUAAAGAUUAUGCUAUUUUUUCUGUUACAGGCUUGAUUGAUGGGCCCGGCUUAUGGUUUUAGUUUUUACAUACUCUGUAUUUAAAUUAUGUUUACGAGGAGGGCUAACAACACAUUCUUUUAUUAUUUGGUGAAAUUUUGCAUCCAUUCUUUACUUGUGAGGCUAAUUUAAAAUUUUACCUAAUAAUAGAAACAAGUGAUGAAAAAAGAGUAUUAAAGAAUGUGUUGAUAUUAUUUCUCUUUUUUGCAUUCUACCAAUAGCUAAUGCUUUUAUAUGUAGAAUUAUACUUAUUGACCUUAUAAAAAACAUUAAUACAUGUAACUUUAAGAUUUGAAAUUGCUUUGGUGAUGUUUAGUUACAUUCUUUUUGACACUUGGUACGUUUCUGGUGUGUUUUCCCCCCUUUUCUUUGAAUAAAAAUAGUGAUAGUUGAUCAUAGUUGAAUGCAGCUAGAAGAGAUUAGAUUAGAUUUAGUUGUUUAUGUUUCCCUAUUGUGAUAUUUUAACCGGAAGACAAUGCAUAGCAGCAUAUUUUAAAUUUCCUAAUGUUUUGAUGGCGGAAGGGGGUUGUAUAAUCUGAAUAUGGAGUUAUGUUAAAUGUGUUUGAUGUAUUAUUUUUGUAUAAGCAGUGACAUGAUAUUCUUAUAGGGUGCAUUUUUUAUCCUUUAAGAGGAAAAAAAAUCUUACUGGUUCCAAGACCUGGGGUGCAUAGUUAAUAUUCUUCUGGCACACCCUCUCUUUGGGGGUGGGUGUCAUAGGAAGAUACAGAAAGAGGCUUUUUGACCUAAGAAAAAUAGUGGAUUCUGAGACAUACGGUGGUGACAAUUGAAAGAAAGAAUGCAUGCAGCAUCUCAAACCUUCAUCUUAAAUCUAACUCCCCAGAUGACCAGAUGCAAGCAGAAAGUAGAUGAGUUUAUUAUGCCUAGCCUGAAUUGUAGACGUUUUGGUCUUUCAUGGAAGCUUAGACAUGGUGCAAGAAAUAUUUUAAAAAGAGAAGACAUUAAAUGCCUUCCUACUGCUGGUGUAAUAUCAGAUGCCCAAACUUCUUCUAUUCAUUUUGAGGACUUCUCAGUCUCUGUUUCUGACAACAAUGAUGCUAGAGAACUGAAGAUAAGUGUAGAGGUAUCUGGAAACAAAACUCAAAGGAUAUUUGAUGAUGUAUUUAAGAAAAUGGUUGCAGCUGCACAACCAAUCCCAGGAUUUCGAAGAGUAAAAGGAGGAAAAACGCCAGAUAUUCCAAAAGACAUUUUAUUAGAGGUACUUGGACCUUCCAAAGUUUUCAAGGAAGUUAUCAAGAAAAUAAUCAAUUCAACUGUAGCUGAAUAUGUGGAGAAGGAGCGAUUGAAAGUUAGCAAGGACCUGAGAGUUGAGCAAAGCUUUGAAGAUCUUGAAAUUACUUUUGAGGAAGGAGAAAAAUUCAGCUUUGAUGUUGUCCUUGAGCUUCAGAAAUAAGUUGAAUUACAUUUGUUUGUUCAAAUUUUAUUUGAGAUUUUGCCCUUUCAAUGUUAUAGUUUUUCAAUGCCAAAUAUAACUCUUCGAAGAAAAUAUUACUCUUUACAAUAUCAUCUAUAGCGUUGUUUACUCCUAGUACCGGUGAACACCUCACUUCAAAAAGGAACGUUUAUGCAACGAAAAUAUCUCUCCUAAGCAAGCUCCUCCUACUCCUGAGUUACAGCAAGCAAAUUUCAUGGCUUCUAAUUUUGGAUGCAAUUCAUGGACAAAUUUAGGCCCUCUGGCUUCCCCUUGAGAACUGUAUGAACGAUUUUUCUUUUAGAGUACGAAUCUGUAGAAAACAAUGUGAUAGUUUCUCUUUGAGAUUGAGGAAGCUAUGAUUGAAAAAUGAUUCCAUUUCAAAGUA